AUGGCGCAACAAAUCGUUGAGGGCGUCGGCCUUCAGAAGCACGACUUCGCACGUACAGGACGCAUGGCUCUAUACGGCGGCGCCAUCUUCGGCCCUGCCGCUACAACUUGGUUCAAAUUUCUCUCCACUCGCAUCAACUUCCCCUCCCGCCCGAAUGGCACAAUCGCCGCUCGCGUUGCCGCCGAUCAGAUGUUCUUCGCACCGACCAACCUGUUCAUCUUCCUGAACAGCAUGGCGCUGAUGGAGGGCAGCGACCCGAAGAAGAAGAUUGAGAGCACAUACGGGCAGGCGCUGACCAAGAACUGGAUGGUUUGGCCGGCGGUGCAGGCGGUAAACUUCAAAUAUGUGCCGUUGGAGCAUCGGGUGCUUGUUGUCAAUGUGGUUUCACUGGCAUGGAACUGCUACCUCAGCUACCUAAAUAGCCAGGGCAGUAGCAGCGGCGGUAAACAGCUACCCGAGGACGCCGUUGAGGCCCCCAUGGCUUGA